AGAAUUGUCAAAUAUCCUAAUAGACAAACACAGUAAAACGUAAAAUUGAAUAAAUUCGUUUUAAAACGGUUACAAGAUUAAAAUUUAUUAGAUAUACGUUAAUAACGAAGUUAUUAUAGAAAUGAGUUCACCGAAGAAAAAAAUUAAAUUGGAUCAUACAGAGGCUGUUGAAGAUCAUUUUUCGGUUUUACCUCAUAACGUCUUGGUGAAUAUCUUCAAAUAUUUGGACUUUAAAUCAGUCUAUUCGUGUUCAACGAUCUGUGCAGCCCUAAAUAAGGCUUCAAAUGAAAAUGUGUUAUAUGAAAAAGUGAAGUUUAAGUAUAACAUGGAUAAGAACUUACUGAUGAAUUAUUUAACAAAGCUCAACAAUCCUAAACACUUUGAAGUACAAUAUAGGUUUUGUUAUAACGAUUCCGAUCUACAGGAAGAAGAUGAAGAGUUGUUUAAUGAAUAUGUUAAAGAGGUUCUGACUAAAUUUAAUGAGCAUUUUGUUUCUAUACAUUUUGAAAAUUGUAGGAAUGAGAAUAUUUUGGAAUUAAUAGGAAAUUGUACAAAUCUAAAAGAUGUAACAUUCUUCCAAUGUAAAGGUUCCUUCCAAUUUUUAACAAAUCUAACCAAUUUAAGCCAUAUAGAGUUGGUACAAUGUUUUAUUUCAAAUCAAGCGGUUAUUGACUGUUUAGAAAGAAAUUCUAGUUUAAAAAAAUUGUAUUUAUCUAGUAAUUCUCAUGUAAUGGCGUCAGAGGUUUGCGAAAGUCUGGCAAAAUAUAACAUAAACCUUGAAAAUCUUCACUUGGCAGAAAGAACCGCUGUGAGACCAAAAGGUUUUCGAUCGUUGGGGAGAUGUUUUAAAUUAAAAUCAUUAGAGAUGUCAGCUGGAUUACAUCAUAGUGAUCCAGAAGAUGCACUUGAGCAUAUAGCAGCUGGUUGCCCACGUUUAGAAAAGUUAGUUUUAUAUGGUUGGAAAAAAAUAACGGAUGAUAAAUUAAUGCCCAUUCUUCAUUCUUGUACCCAAAUUAAAGAAUUGGAUUUUAGGGAUGUUAAUAUAACCAUUAAAAGUUGUAAGGAAGCUGCAUUAUCAUUACCAUUGUUGAAAUAUUUAGAUGUGUUCAAGUGUAAUAGAAUAAAAAAUAAUGAAGUUAUAAAGUUACAACAAGAUUUUAAAGAUAUUAUUAUAAAUAGCAAAAAAACUUAAUACUUUAUUUAAAUUUUUAUUUAUAUCAAGAUCAAGGUUAGAGUGAAUGGAAGAAGAAAAUGUUGUCGAUAAUGUGUUCUAUUUUUUAUUAAUUUAAUAUUUAGCUUCUAUUUAAUUUUAU